GCAGCUGUCCAUCAUUCCAAAAGGGGCGUGUCCGGGAGCGAGGAAGAGGUCUCUGAGAGCGAUCAGCCCGAUGUCCUCGCGCUGCCUCUCUUUCGGAUGAUCUGUGGCGCCGUUGUUGGAAGUAUUCCUCCGGAUAAUCCUCACGAUCAAAACGAUGGAAAUCCUCCCUUCUGCGUCGUUCUGCAGACGCCGCUCGGCGUUGUUGGCGGCGCUUCCGCAUCGAUCGGACUGGGAUCCACCCCCCGUCAUCAUAUUCGGCCAUUUUCGAGCAGAUGCAGGAAUAUUGUCGCUGGAUUGCAACGCGGUGGCAGAGGGCUUCGGUGCUGGACAGAGAGGAAGGAGGGAAUGUCCACUGUUACCUCCCCUUUGUAUCAUGCUAUGGAGGUAUAUUGGUAUGUAUGUAUUGUGUCAUCCCAUCCUAAGGUGAGUAUACUUUGUGUGUUGUGUGUUAUGAAUAUUAGGGAUGUAUGUAGGUGUAUAUGGAUAUGAAUAUAUAGUAAUAUAAUAAUAUAACACCAUCAUGAUUCCAGGUAAGUAUAAUAAAUUGUUUAUAUUGUGAUGAUUAUAGGUGUGUAUAUUUAUAUAUGUAUGUGUGUUUGUAGAUAUCGUCACAUCCUGCAAGGUAAGUAUAGCGGACAAUUUUUAUUAUUAUGGAUAUAUGUGUAUAUAAUAUAAUAAAUAUAUAUGUGUUUGUGUAUAUCCCACCAUCAUACGGUGAGUAAUUGGUUAUGUGGUAUAUUAUGAAUGUAUACAUGGGCAUAGCUGUGUAAAGACACACACACAUAUGUUCAACUGUGUGUAUAUAGCCACGUAUGUAUAUAUACCAAUCUAUACACGCACAUAUAGACAUACGUAUGUACAUAUAUGGAUAUAUAUAUAUACAUAUGAAUGUGUACCCUUUCUUGUGGUGAGUAGGGUUAAUGAACUAUGUGUUGUAUUCCGUGGUAGGUCGAGGGGGUCUCGUGAGAGAGAGAGAGAGCGAGAGCCAGGCCCCCCGGAAAUCUGGUGCCCAGGUUGGUGAUCCAGAUAAGUUCCGCCCUACGGCGUUGGGCGAGACUCCAUCUUGGAUUCAUCUGGAGGACAGUUGCCCGGACGGCGGGCCAUCCGUGUCGGACAAAGUGCCGGACCAGACUAUAAAGGGCCUCAACCUCUUCGUGUGUCAGAUUGGCGGCGACCGCAGGUGCGCAGCCCGAACCCGACAGUGUGAGACCAUCAGACCGGACCAUCUCCUGGAACUCCGGAGGCAGAAGUCCGGGUGUGGUGGUGUACCUGAGACAGUGGGUUCCCUGCGUGUCGUGCUCCCGAAGGUAGGGACCCAGUCUGGAGGGGAGCACGGAGGAUUGGAAAGGGGGGUGACAAACAUUCCCCCGUGGUCUUGUUCCAGUCGAGGUCCUCUUCUGUGUCCCGGUCGAGUUGGGACCCGUGGGUGGAUGUGGAGAUGUUCCAUGGGGACAUCACCGCACCAGGGUCCAAGGCGUUCUGCUCCUCCUCCAGCACGUCGAAGAGUGGGUCCUCGGGGAGUGAAGGCCUCCUGGGUGAUCUCAGGAGAGGGGUCCUGCGGCGUGGAAGAGGAGCCAGGGUAGGAGGAUCCUCACAGAUGGUGUCGUCAACCGGUGCGCUGCACGGGGAGCGGUGUGGUGUCCCCCUCUGCUGACUUGGUGGUUCCGGGGCUGCAGGGACGGGCGGUCGGCGGGGCAAGAAGAUCGGGGCUAUCCGUGUCGGAGGGCUCGCUGGUCGGUCUGCUGCCGGGGACCAGUCCGGGCCAGCGUGGUCGGUGUUGGUGGCGACCGACACACGGGUGACGGUUUGUGCUGGAGGACUUGUGGUCCGUGCCGCAGCAGGAGUCCUGUCAGGGACGACAGGGUCUGUGGAAGUGGCCACCGAAGUCCGGGUGGCAGGCCGGGGCGGCGAGGGACGAGUGGGAGGUACCACCUCCGUGUUGACGAGGAGGACCUCAAAGGCUGACGUAAUCCGGGCCUCGGCUUCACGGAGAGUGUCCCCCAUUAGUCUGCGUCCCAAAUGUUUUUUGGUCCACAUAGAAGCCAGCUGAAAGGCGGGCUUCCAGUCCUCAUCAAUAAAAUUGGUUAAUUUGUCCAA